AUGAGGAUGUUGUUAUAUUGUUUCGUAUUCUUCUUCUUGCUCAUCCAUUCUCAACUUUCCAUUUCAUCAUCUUCGUCUUCUCCUGACCAUGCACCCCAAUGCCAUCCUCAUGAAAGCUCUGCCCUUCUCCAACUCAAGACCUCAUUCAAAUUUAUUAGCCCAUACGAUGAUGAAACUCCAGUAACAGCCGUCUGGCAUAAGAAAACUAAUUGUUGCACGUGGGACAGAAUCACGUGUGACAACGUUACAGGCCAUGUAAUCGGUUUGGAUUUGUUUGGUUGCAGCCUUCAAGGCACUAUCAGUUCCAACAGCACUCUCUUCAAACUCCACCAUCUCCAGGUGCUUUAUCUUUCUUAUAAUGAUUUUAGAGGCUCCCUUAUUUUACCAGAGUUUGGCAAAUUCAAGAAUAUGACCUCUCUUGAUCUGUGCAACUCCAACUUCAGCGGUCAUGUCCCUUUAGAGAUAUCCCAUCUUUCCAAAUUGGUUGAACUCAGACUUGGUGGGUAUUUGGGGUAUAAAGUCAUGAUAGGGGAAAAUACCUUUAAAGCACUUUCUCAAAACUUAUCCAACUUGACAAGUUUCCACCUAGUUGGUAUUGAUUUGUCUUCUCUCUCACCAGUAAUCUCUUUCAAAAAUUUCUCCUCUUUAAUCUAUAUAGAUCUCGACAAUUGUAAGUUGAGUAGGAAGCUACUUGAGAGUAUUUUUGAGUUGUCGAAUCUCACCGUUCUUUAUUUAGAAGAUAAUGAAGCACCAAAUGUCUCUCUCCCAACAUCUAAUAGGAGUAGUGCACUUAACCGUUUAACUCUCCGUAAUAACACCUUCUCCAUUGACUUACCUCUUUUAUUGAAAGAUAUCCCAAAAUCUUUAUCUUCUUUGCAAUUAAGUUUCAGUAACUUAGUUGGUCCACUUCCGGACAACAUUCAAUUUUAUGACUCGUCAAACCAUCUCGUGCAUAGUGCUCCAAAUUUCACUGUUUUGAUUUUAUCAAACAACUUACUCAACGGGACAAUACCAACAUGGAUAUAUGCCUUGCCGUAUUUGGAGUAUUUAGACCUCAGCGACAACCAAUUUACUGGGGAGAUAAUUCGUGAUUUUGAAACUACUUCAUUCGGUGAAACUGUGUUUUUGGGCAUCACUCCAAGAUCCACAUUUCAAAGUCAAAACCUCCGACAUUUGGAUCUCUCAUCAAAUAAGUUCAGUGGUACUUUGGAAUUGGAAAAGCUUUUAAUUUCCAAAAGGUUAGCAUAUCUUGACCUUUCCUCUAAUAAUAUUUCAGUAACUUUUGGAAACACCAAAAACUAUAGUUUGGAUAAUCUUGAGGAAUUACAUCUGUCUUCUUGCAACAUUACUGAGUUCCCACACAUUUUAAAAUCUUCAAAAAUAUUAUCUACCUUAGAUCUCUCCCAUAAUCAAAUUCAAGGAAGUGUUCCUAAAUGGUUAUGGGAGGUGGGAAAGAAUUCUCUCGACACAUUGGAUCUCUCUCACAAUUUUUUAACAUAUAUAGAGCCUCUUCCAUGA